AUGGAGGCCAACGCUACCCCUUUUGCAUCCGCGGAUGGGCUUUCAUUCUGUAAUGAUAACGUGCUGAAGAGCGCGCAAAUACGUCCAGUUCUCGAGUCCUUCUUCGAUUGGUUUGGCCUGGGACUGUACAGAUCGCUUGGCGCGGCCCCUGGUGAUUACACUUUCCGGCAGAGUGAUCCCAACUCUAACGUUGAAUCUCUCUUGGUCCAGUUGUGGAGUGAGGGUUCAAAGGUCACCAUUUGGAGAGGCUCGCACCACCAUCAGUUGCCUUCGGUGAGAGGGGAGAACUCCUUAUGGCGAGUUCCUCGCGCCAUUCUCAAGCGGCUCGGCCUUGAGCCGGUUGAGGUGACAUUCGAACGAGGUGGUUUAUUUGGCUCCAUGACCGUCAUUGGAAUGGUCGUAUUCAUCGUCUUCGUCGUCGUCGUCUUCGUCGUCGUCGUCUUCGUCGUCAUCGUUGUCGUCGUCGUCAUCGUCGCUUUCGUUCUCAUAACAAGCACUCUUAUCUAA